AUGAGCUCGGACAGGAACGAGGAAUUCUACCAGCAGUUGCGGCUUCAGGAACUGUAUGGGAAAAAGAAUGCGGAAGGGGAAAGCGAGCCCUUGACUUACACGGACCCGACCGACGGGACCCAGUACGAGUGGGACCGCGACAAGAAGGCCUGGUUCCCUAAGGUGACAGAAGACUUCCUGGCGGCGUAUCAUGCUAACUAUGGCUUUCCGACCGACAGUUCAGACAAUUCAUCUGCAUCUGUUAGAAAGACUGAAAUUAAACCACCUGUGGAUUCAAAGAUGGCUGGAGUCCAGCAGCCAGUAGAGCAAAAAGUGUCACAACAAACAGAACCUAAACAGAAAGGAGAGAAAAGAAAACCUGACGCAGGAUGGUUUCACGUUGAAGAACAGAAAAAUACAAAUGUAUACGUAACGGGUUUACCGCCAGACAUUACAAAAGACGAGUUUGUUCAGGUUAUGUCAAAAUGUGGAAUUGUUAUGCGUGAUCCUGUGACAGAGGAACCUAAAAUUAAGCUAUACAAGGACAAAGAGGGAAAUCUUAAAGGAGAUGGGCUGUGUUGUUACCUAAAGAGAGAGUCUGUUGAACUUGCGCUGAAACUUCUGGAUGAAAAUGAUAUUAGAGGCUACAAGUUGCAUGUGGAAAUUGCACAGUUUCAACUCAAGGGGGAGUAUGAUGCCAGCAAAAAGAAGAAGAAAUGCAAAGACUACAAGAAAAAGCUGUCUCAACAGCAAAAACAGCUGGAUUGGAGGCCUGAGAAGAAAGAGGGUGAGGUUAGACUGCGGCAUGAGCGUGUUAUCAUUAUCAGAAACAUGUUCCAUCCGAAAGAUUUUGAGGAGGACCCAUUAGUUCUGAACGAGAUUAGAGAAGACCUUCGGACAGAAUGUGAAAAGUUUGGACAAGUGAAGAAAGUCAUUAUAUUUGAUAGGCACCCGGAUGGUGUCGCGUCUGUGUCCUUCAAAGAAACGGAAGAAGCUGAUGUGUGUAUACAGGCACUCCAUGGGCGGUGGUUUGGUGGACGUCAGCUGUGUGUUGAAACAUGGGAUGGAGUAACUGAUUACCAGGUUGAAGAGACUGCGAGAGAAAGGGAAGAGAGACUGAAGGGGUGGGAAACGUUUUUAGCUGAACCGAAUUCAGCAGCACCGAAAACUGCGCCGGAUACAGAUACUUCAGAAACUGGCAUCAAACUGCCUGAAGGAGUUCAGCAGUCUGAUGAUAAUAGUGUCCCAGUGGGAGGUCCGAAGAGUGAAACAACCGAGAGAGAAGAUAAUGGAGAAGGUGCUGAUGAAGAAGUCACGGCGUCCACAGACAGCAGCAUUGCCGGCAGCGACGAGGAAGCGGAGACAUAACGUUAUGGACUCAUUUGUAAAAGCAUGUCUUUAGGGUAAUCUUUAGACCUCUCUUCUCCUGUGCUUCAGAGCAACUGCAGGCAGCAUUCAAAUCAAUACAUAUAUUACCUUAUUAGGAUGUCAUCAUUGUGUGCUUUUGAGAUGUUUCAUUAAAAGCAGUAUUU